GCCGUCCCCAGCAGCAGAACACCCUGGACAGCAAGGAGCCGAGCGUCCUCGGAAGCCCCGGGGUCUCCAGAGUGACAUUUGUGGGACCAGCUCCUUUGAGUGGAAUUCUCUGGGGCUCUGCUCGUGUCCCCUCUAUGCAAGAUUUCAUCAUGGGAGGCGGCUACUACAACGUGGUGGCAACUGUGCUGCUGGUCAUGAACUUGGAGAGAGCGAGAUCAGUGCAGGGACCCUGUGCUAACUGCCCAGCUGGUACUUUCUGUGGGAAAAGCAGGAAUCCGAUUUUUGUUCCCUGUCCUCCCGAUAGCCUCUCCUGUGGCAGUGGACAGCGGACCUGUGUGCUGUGCAGGCGCUGUGAAGGUGUUUUCAGGACCAAGAAGCCAUGCUCCCCCACCAGUGACGCCGAGUGUGAAUGCAUUGCCGGAUUCCACUGCUUGGGGCCGGGAUGCACCAUGUGCGAACAGGAUUGUGAGCAAGGUCAAGAGUUCACGAAAGAGGGUUGCAAAGACUGUCCCUCUGGCUCCUUUAACAACCAGAAAGGCGGCAUCUGUCAACCCUGGACAAACUGUUCAGACGGGAGGCCUGUGCUUGCGAAUGGGACCAAGGACAGCGAUGUGGUCUGCGGACCGAGCGCGCCCGGCCUCUCUCCAGGUGCCUCCUCCACCACCUCGCCUCCACCUGCAGGUGAGCCAGGAAGGCACAGUCCACAGGUCAUCCCCUUCCUCCUGGCGCUGACGUGGGCUGCGCUGCUGUUCCUGGUCUUCUUCCUUGUGCUCCAUUUCUCUCUGGCCAAGCGGAGCAGAAAGAAACUCCUGUACAUCUUCAAGCAACCGUUUAUGAAACCGGUACAAACGGCCCAAGAGGAAGACGCCUGCAGCUGCCAGUUUCCGGAGGAAGAGGAGGGCGGAUGUGAACCGUGAAGUGGGAGCCCCACGGGAAGCACGCGUGACUGCAUCUCUCUGAUGUGAAAACCAGCCUGACAGGACACCCACGACCACCUCACCAACCCACUGGCCGUCAAAUUUGCACCACCUUUAGCAGAUGCGCAGGGCAGAGGGGCAUUUUCUAGAAUCUUCUUCACAGGAGGAGCUAAUUUUGUUUUGUUUUAUUUUUAAAUCCAAAGAAAAUGAGAGUUUGACUUCUACCACAUGGGCUGAUGGUUUGGCUAACAUUGUUGGGUGCUGACGUGGCAUGUGACAAUCAGCCGUUAGAUGUGGACGUUGCCCCUCAUUCUAUCCUUUAACACGAUGACCCCCUCCCCUGGAGGGUCACGGCAAGGUCAGGGGGUCAUCAGGGUGCUGUUCCCUUCGUCUUAGGAAUUUUGAUUGUUUUCCUUGUUCUGAAGCAGCCUGUUGCCGUGAGUGAUGAUCCGGUGUUCAGUGUCGCCUGUCUUUGAGCUUCAGGAAAUCCAUGUGGUCACUGCAGACUCCCGCGGCCUGCUCUGGUCACUCAGGGUUGCCCCUAGAAGGCUCAGUCGUGUCGUCGUCUGUGGCCUGAUACGUUCGCUUUGUAGAUGGGUCAUAAUUUAUUAAUCCCGUGCCUGUCAAGGGCCGUUCAGGUCAUUUCGGGGCGUUUGCAGUCACUAAGGAUGUUCUCUUAUGCGUCUCCUUGCAGCAGUACCUCUAGGAAAACUUCUGGAAUUUCUGGAUUGCGUAGGGCACGUGAGCGCCCAACCUCAGGGGCUUUGCGUGCUUCAGCCAGGACACACCAGGACCACAGCCACACGACGCCAUCUCUCAGGACACUGGCCGCUGUGGGCCCAGUGGCUCCGCUCUCCUGCUGUGAAGGUCAAGGGCAAUCGCAAGCCUUUCUGAUGAGGUGGGCAGCUCAGCAAGAUGCCUGAGGGGCUGACUCUGAAGACCAGUGAAGCCAUGUCGUUCACCAGACUUCUACCCUGAGCCCUGCUAGCUUGGAGACAUGCAACUCUGUGUAAACCCGUGUAAGCCUAUGUAAACCGUGUAAACCCACGGAAACCUGUGGAAACCCGUGUAAGCCUGUGCCUCUGCCAUCCUGGGUGGCCCUGCCACAGCUGUCCCCAGGCUGCCCGCCGCCCUGGUCUGGAGCCCUGAA